AUGAAGGGUUUGGGCUCGCUGGUGGAGGAGUUCACAGGUAAGAAAUGUGGAGUCCGGGUAUGGGUGUCGGAACAGUUCCUGCUGCGGACCUUGUCUGAGUACCGCCAGAUGAGACUGCUGCGCAGCAGCUGCCUGCAGGACAAUCGACACCGCUGCGGUGAAGGCCCACACCACGGCAGACAACUGUAUCCCAUAUGUCCGUGGCUGACGCAGGCUAUCCAAAGGAUCUGCUCAGCGACACACGGAAGUAUCAACGACCAGGAUGCCUGGAGCCCGCCUCGCCAGCUUUGCGGGCGACUGAAAGGCCCGAUCACAACUGGACCCGGACACCUCGACGACUCAGUGGACGUGCUGGGGGAGACUAAGGUGGUGGAUCGAAAGGCUUUCCCUGCAUCAGAUCGAGAUGAUCCGCCAGCCGCCCCUCCGCCGAAGAAGAAGAUUCAGCCCGAUGACGAGGGGACGCUGUUUGGCCCCGACGGCAUGCCACUGCAGGCGGGGGCCACGAUGAUAGAGGAUGAGGACGGCCACUUGAAGCCCAAAGUGGAGGAUCACCAGAAGGUCGAGAUGCACGACCAGGGCUGGUUCCAUGCAGAGAGCAACCGCUAUGAGCAGGAGGAGCUGGCGAAGAUGCACAUCGUCAGCAUUUGCGACGCCGUGCGGCAGCGGCAGGGCGUCGGGCUUUGCCGUGAUGGGCGCUGGACCAACAGCCCGCAUGAGUUCCCAGACCUCGGCCUGACGGGCACCGUGCUGUCGAAUGCGUUGGUGCCCUUCCCGCCCAACGAUCAGCAGUAUUACAUCUGUGGCAAGUACGACUCAGACGAAUCUUUGCUGCGGCCGACAGCAGUCCCCAACUUUGCGCAUGAUGGGCAUGGGUCGAGCACGUGGUUAAGGUUGGUAGACUUCGCUCAGCAUGCAGAUGCCGUACACCUCUUCGAUGAGUUCAGCAGCAAGAGUCACUGCGGCAGGGUCUACCAGGGUGCGCUGGACAAUGGCUACUUCGUAGAAGCUUUGCAGGCCAUAUCGCUGCGACCGAAGCUCGUCAAGCAGCUCUUCUAUGCUUGGCAAGCCAGGAGGUCUGUCUACAUAGCGAGGCUCUACAAGCACGGCACCUGGAUGCGAGUGGAGGUGGACGACUAUGUCCCCGUCGGUCGGCCCGGAAGGAAUGACACGGAUGUCAACGUGCCAAUCUGCUGCCGCUCCGAGCACUUCCCGAAUGUCAUCUGGCCAAGCCUUAUCGAGAAGGCUUAUGCAAAGAUCCACACCCUGCGGCUGAGUCCCAGUGCAGUUUCAGAGGAGGACAUGGGAGGCUGGGAGGCACUGAACGGCGGCGGCAAGGUCGAGGACGCCCUCGCCGACCUCACAGGAGGCGUCGCCGGCCGUUUCUACACGCAGGACGUCUCCCCCGACCGGCUGUUCAUCUACAUCCACGACUUGCAGCGGGACACACUUUUUGUCUGCAGGCCAAAUCCCACGACAUGUGAGCUGCAGGGCGUCAGGCUGAAUCCGUAUUAUCCCUAUGCUGUAAAUCGAGCAGUUCAGUGGGAAGGCGGCUUGUAUCUUCAGCUCUUCUGCGGAGGUCCGGGUGUCUAUGACGGUGGCCUUCAGGACAUCACCGUGCCCUACACGCUGUCGCGAAAUGAGAAGUAUCCUGAGCGACGAGAGGAUGGCUUCUUUUGGCUAAAUGCCGAAGACUUCCACGAGUACUUCGGCACCAUCUUCGAGUGCCGACUCGUCAAUAGCGGCGAUGUCUCGCUGCCGGACAUGCCACCCCCGCGAUUUGAGACGAUCAGGCCACCGCCUUCAGAGCUGGCGCUCAUGGCAGCUGGAAUGAUGGCUCCAAGCAUGGGCGACAUGGGCCUUGCAGGCGCCGCCAUGGACAAACGAACUGUGGGCUGCCUUGGUGGAGGAAGUAGGUUGAUCGGGCGGGCCAGAGAGACGAAGCUGCAGCCCGUUGCCGCCAGCGAGAUCAUGUGCCGCCCCCAUGACGGGGCUGCAUCAUAUGCCGAAGUAUGCGGUGUUGUGCUCGAGUCCAUUCCAGUUGCCGAAAUGUCGGUGAAAGGCAGCUUCCAGGAUGCCGAGGCUGUCCGAGCAUUGGCAAAAAAGUGCGACAUCCUCACGCUCGAGGCGCACCGUGAUAUCAUCGUCACCAUCGUCACCAUCAUCAUCAUCAUCAUCAUCACCACGACCAUACUGGUCUGUGUGCUCGAGGAGCUCCAUCAGGCAGGAGUUCCGGUUCAGCCGCUUCCCUUCGUGGUGAAGCUCAUCCAGGACAAGUACGUCCAGAAGGUCCAUCUUCAAAAGCAUGGUGUGCCUUUGCCCGAGUUCGAGAAGGUCGAGUCCGAAGCUGACUUGCACAGCAUCGGCGAGCGUUUCGGCUACCCCAUGAUGCUCAAGAGCAGAUACGGUGCCUACGACGGCAAGGGCAAUGCUGUCGUGCCCAAUGCGCCCCUGGCCAUCAAUGGUGACAGGGACCUUGCUUGGAAAUGUGGGCAGGGCAUCACAGCAGCCUUCGAAAAGCUUGGUGGCAAGGUGGAGAAAUGGGCUCCUUUCAAGAUGGAGCUGGCAGUGAUGGUCGCACGCGGUGUGGACGAGACCAUGAACGUUACCAUGCACGUACCCAGUGGUGCAUACCGUCCAGCGCGACAGUGUUUGCUUCACCUGCCUGACACCCCCGGUGGGAGCUACUUGGACUUCGUUGGACCGAGUUUUGGCCUGGAUGCCUCAAACCCGCGAGACCGUUGCAUCCAGCUCCAUCUCGACAAGGUUACGCAGAAGCAGCAGGAGCUGGCGCAGAAGAUUGCCACCGACGCUAUCAAGAGCUUUGGUGACCGGGAUCAAGUUUCUACCCCGAAUCUGGAAAAGUUUCAGGGCCUGUCUCGUGUCAUCCUGAAGCAUUGGUACAAGUAA